GUUUCAGAUUGUCACGGGGGACCUCGUCAACGUGUCCCAGCCGACAGUCUGCCGCACGGUCGGAGUCGUGACGCGCCUGAUCGCACGGCAUCUGUUCAAAGAACUCGUGCAUUUUCCGGACGCUUCCCAAUUAAACACUGUGAUGCGCGAAUUCCUCGAGAUCGCCGGAUUCCCCGGCGUUACGGGCUGCAUUGACUGUACACACGUGCGAAUUAACAGCCCCGGCGGUGACGACGCGGAAGUAUACCGCAACCGCAAAGGAGUGUUCUCCAUCAAUGUCCAGGCUGUCACCGGUCCGCAGCUUCAGUUUUUUGAUGUCGUGGCAAGCUGGCCCGGGUCUGUCCACGACAGCCGCAUCUUUGACAAUUCGAGGCUGCGGGUCAUGUACGAGGAGCACCGACUGCCCGGGCAUCUGCUGGGAGACAUGGGCUAUGCAUGCUUCCGCUUUCUAAUGACUCCCCUUGCACAGCCCGUUAGAGCAGACACACCACGGGGCAGGUACAACAAGGCCCACAUAAAAACACGAAACACUGUCGAGAGGGCGUUUGGAGUUUGGAAGCGGCGCUUCCCUUGCUUGGAUAUGCGGCUCCAGCAUAAGCCUGGUCGCUCUGCCAGCAUUGUGACGGCCUGUGCUGCCCUGCACAACCUGGCAUGCCUGAGGAGGGAGCCGCAGCCUCCACCGCCUCCACCUCCACCAGUCAGGCGCAGGGUCCGCAACAACAGGAGGAGGGCCAGGCGACCGGUAAACCUGCCCCCCGUUGAUGCCGUGGAGGACACCCUGACGGGCAUCCAGACUCGAGAGAUCAUCAUUGAGAAAAACUUCACUUAUUAGAGAACGAGGAAGAAAGUGACAGCCGCAAUACGAAUCCAAUCGUGCCAUUAGCGGAGCCAUGUACCGUGCCUCUGGAGUCUGGAAAACCUAA